AUGGAUUACAUCAACCAGGUAGAGGAGCAGAAGGUAGAGAAGGACAUAGAGGAGCAGAAGGCAGAAGAGCAGGCCAAAGUCCAGCAGCCGCCUGUUAGAAACACAAAGCUCCUUAAUGAACGCCUCAGCAAGAAUAACAAGUGUACAUCUCCAGCUCCCGCAAAACUCACGUGGGGUGAAAUCAUGGACGCUGAGGACAAUGAGAUGGAGAAUGUAGAGCCUUUCUCUUUCUAUAAUCCCUGGAGCAUGGAUAUCAUCAGCCAGGUAGAGGAGCAGAAGGCAGAGGAGCAGAAGGUAGAGGAGCAGAAGGUAGAGGAGCAGAAGGUAGAGGAGCAGAAGGCAGAGAAGCAGGCCAGAGUCCAGCAGCUGCCUGUUAGUGACAAAAAGCUCCCUAAUGAACGCCUCUGCAAGAAUAAAAAGACAGUGAAACUACUGUUGAGGAACCUUGACUGCAAUGUGGAUGACAGACAACUACAUGAGGAAUUCCAUCCCUUUGGAACUGUGAUCAGUGCAGAGGUCAAUAUGGAGAAUGGCCAUCCCAAAGGCACUGGCUUUGUCAUUUUUGCAUCUCCUGAUGAAGCCAGAAAUGCCAUCAUGAAGAUGAACGGCAGGGUAUUGGGAAGCAGGCCAGUGUAUGUUAGUGUGGUUCAGAGCAAGGAGGAACAUGGAGGAAGGCACAGAGAGAGGGCAGAGAGUAGCCUGAAAGAACCCUGUCCAAAUCCACACCAGGCUCAAAAGAAUAUUCAGCCACAGAAUGCAUCUCCAGAAUUGAGGAGAACCAACCAACAGGACAGGAACAUAUGCAGAGCGCAAACCACACUGCAGUCCCAGGAUGCACAGAAGAGUAAGGUGUUUAUAAAACAUCUGGACUACAGUGUGGACGACAGGCGCCUGCAUGAAGCGUUCCUGCCAUAUGGAACAGUCAUCAGUGCAAAGGUGACUGUGGAGAAUGGCUGCUCCCGAGGUUUUGGAUUUGUGAGCUUCUCCUCUCCAAAUGAAGCAGAAAAAGCCAUUAAGGAGAUGAAUGGAAGGAUGAUGGGCAGGAAGCCACUGUAUGUGACUCUGGCUAACAACAAUAAGCAGCGCAAGGCUUCCCUCACCCAGACUGAGUGUACAGGAAGCAGUGGUCCAACUGAGCCACACACAAGACCUCACAGAUUCUUGCAGAGGGUCCAUUCACAUCGUCGUCCCUCUGUUGCACCGGCCACCAGAUAAACCUUUUAAACUUUAUACUUCCUUUUAUCAAUAUAUAUAUAUUGAUUUAUAUUAUUAUUAUAAAUUUUGUUAAAUUUUGU